AUGUUUGUCUACUUCAGCAAGGGUUUUGAGAUGGUCUACGGAGUUGAAAUUGGGAACUGGGUUCUGGAGUCUAAAACUUACAACAUUGAGGAAUAUUCUGAACUCCAACCACCUGAUAUUCCCGGUGCCAAAGAUAUUAGGCAUGCUGAUUACAAGAAUUGGCUUCUUGCCAAUCCUCAUCUUUAUUGGGCUGAUUGGUCACGGGCUGGUAUUUACCAUUGGGGUAUGUGGAUGGAAAGAGGUCAUAAUGAUGAUGCUGUCAUCACCAAGGAUACUCUCAAAACAUCUCAACAUAUGAAUCCUGUUCUCCUCCGCCUCUUUACCUCACUAGGCAAUCUUACCAGAGCCAAAAGAAUUUUGCUUGGUACCGUUGACAAAGAUAACAGAGAUCUUUGUAUUAAAAUGAUUACGGCUUUGCCCAAGGGGGAGAAACAACAGUGGGCAACUGAUGAUCAGGAAUGUUUCUCUUUGAGAGCAUGUUUGAUUAAUCUGUUUACUGAACCUCAUUGUGAUAUUGGUGAUUUAAAAGAUGGAUGA